UCGACUGACGUUCGAUCGGAUUUGUGUUUGAUUGUAAAGAUUUCAAUUUUCAUAUAAUUUGGAAUCUCUUCAACUUGUAUGUUGCUAAUACCUUUAUUAUAAAAUAAGUAGAAACUUUUUACAUUGACAGGAAAAUCCUAAACUAAUAUUUGCUAAGUUUUUCGCGAUAAAAUCAGCGGUUGUUUUGAUUUUGCAUAGAAUGAUAUAACCUAUACUCGUUUUAAUAUGUGCAAACGAAAAUAAAUAAAUACAGUAUAAUCUUAAGCAUAAUAUAUGGUUCAUAUAAUCUCAUGAUGGUAUCGUAUUGCAAAAAGUCAUCAGCAGAAUGGUUUAUAGAACAGCUAAAUGUAGAGAACGCAAAAUUGCUAGCAUUUUUUCUUGUAAUUGGAUUUAUUGGUUAUCAUGGAAUACUUCAUCUCAGAUACGGUCCAGAUUCAUGCACAUGGCUGCUGUCCUCUGGUCGGUACAAGGGUGACCAUGAGUGGCAGCCCUAUGGCUGUAUGCUGCACAAAUAUUCUAAAACUGACGCGCGCCGGUGCUUGCGUUACCUUGCGUUUUGGGGCAAGUACAACAGUUUCGCGUUCAUAGGAGACUCCAGACUCGAGCAGCUGUAUGAAUACUUUAUAGGCGUACUCAAGACUCGAUUAGACCUGGAGACAUCGUACUCCACCGUGGAGCACCGAACGAACAACACGUACGUGGACAGAAAGCUGCGGUUGUCUGUCACCUUUAUAAAGAGUAACGACGUGUCCAGGACUAUGGUAGAGCAGUUCAGAAACUGGCAACACACCGACAAACCUCCAUCCGUCAUAGUAGCGACAACGGGGUUGGAACUACUUAAAAACCGUAACACCACCGACCUAGUACUGGAGGAGUACAAAAGGAACCUUACGCACUUGGUGCAAGCUAUAGAUUCGCUUGCCGAGCGCAACACGCAGGUGCUGUGGAAGUUGAUGGAAUCGGUGGACACGUCCAAACUCAAGAAUGAGUUUAAAAAGAUCAGCAAUGUCGAUAUUGAGGCAUACAACCGAGCAGCUAUAGAGAUCCUGACCCACAGCGCGGUGAAGGUGUGGAGCUCGCCGCGGCUGGUGUCGAGCGGCGCGGCGGCCGCGGACGGCGUGUCGCUGAGCCGCACGGCGCUGCGCCACUCGGCGCAGAUCCUGCUCAACAUGUUCUGCAACGACCACAUGAACUUCAACGACGGCUCCUGCUGCGCCCAGCCCGAGCCCUACACGCAGCUGCAGAUAUGCACCUUCGCGCUCUUCCUCCUGUGCGCAGUGUACGUGCUAGUUCGGAGCGCUCGGGCGUGGUGGAGUGAUUGGAGACGCGGCCGGCGACGCUCGCCGUCGUCUUCCGCCACCACGCCGCUCGUGGCCCGCGACCGCUCACCUGGCGAGGACGCUGACCCCGCCACCACCCCACCCUCAGGACUAUCCCCCGCCGCGGCACUAGCGCGACUAGGCGCCAUCAUGGCAUACUUUUACCUGUGCGACAGAACCAACUUCUUCAUGAAGGAGAAUAAAUACUACUCCGAGUGGAGCUUCUGGCUGCCGGUCGGUUACGUGUUCGCGCUGGGCCUGUUCUUCACGGAGGCGUCGAGGUCUAGCAAAAUUCUUCAUCGUGAGCAAACAGACGAGUGGAAAGGCUGGAUGCAACUGGUCAUUCUCAUAUACCAAGUCACUGGCGCCAGUAAAGUGUUGCCCAUCUACAUGCUAGUGCGGGCGCUUGUCUCCGCCUACCUGUUCCUCACUGGAUACGGUCACUUCUACUAUACUUGGAACACCGGUGACACGGGCCUGGUCAGAUACUUCAGGGUCAUAUUUCGGCUGAAUUUUCUCACUGUGGUACUGUGUUUGACCAUGAACAGGCCGUACCAGUUCUACAGCUUCAUACCUCUCGUUUCAUUUUGGUACACUUUGAUGUUCGUGAUCUUCGCCCUCCCACCGCACAUCACGCAGGCGUCCAGCCACACGGCGGAGACCAGGCCGUACCAGUACCUCUACAUCACGCUGAAGGUGAUCGGCCUGCUCACCAUCGUCACCGUGCUCUACAUGAGCGAGGUUUUCUUCCAGAAGAUCUUCGUCACGAGGCCCUGGAAGGCGCUGUUCGUCAACGCCGACGACGACAUUCACCAAUGGUGGCUAAGGUGGAAGCAGGACAGGUACUCGGUGGCGUACGGCAUAAUGUUCGCGCUGGCGCGGCAGGCGGCGGGCGGCGCGGCCGAGCGUGCUGGCGGCGCGGCGGCGCUGCUGGCGCUGGCCGCGCUCGCCACCUACCUGGCUUUUGCCCUGCUUUGCUCCAGCGCCGUCGACUGCGACGAGGUGCACAGCUACGCGGCGUGCGUGCCGGUGGUGGCGUACGCGGCGCUGCGCAACGGCGGCGGCGGGCUGCGCGCGCGCCACUCGGCGCUGUUCGCGCGCGUGGGCGGCGUGGCGCUCGAGCUGUUCGCCAGCCACUCGCACAUCUGGCUGGCCGCCGACACGCACGGCGUGCUGGUGCUGCUGCCCGCCGCGCCCGCGCUCAACCUGCUGCUCACCUCCUACAUCUUCGCGUGCGCCGCGCACGAGAUCCGCGCGCUCACCGCCGCCGUGCUGCCGCUCGCCGUGCCCGACGACUGGCGCCUCGUGCUGCGCAACCUCGCCAUCUUCCUCGCGGUGCUUGUGCCCAUCGGCAUCCACGACGGCAUGUUCUAGGUAUACGGUAUGGUACGGCUCGUGCGAACGCGAUCACCGCUCCAUGUAAAUGUUAGGUAAACAAUAUCGUAUCUAUGUCAAAUGAUCAAUCCCAGUUUGUUUCGAUAGAACUUAAUCUUUAUUAAUAUUGUAAACUAGCGGCCGGUCCCGGCUACGCACGGGUGGAUGUUUUUACAACAUUUUAAAAAGUACUUAUUGUGACAUAACGAUAAUAGUUGGACAUAUAGUAUCGCGAAGUAUUUUGUAGUCAUUGAUAUUUUCUUCAAUAUGGUAGAACAUACUUUUGUUCUAUCACCAAUAGUUUCCGCAGCGCACGCGACGAAAGAUAUUUUCUAGUAUUUUUUUACACCUUGAAUUAUGUUACUAAAGUUUUAGUAAGGAGCCCUAAUCUUUUCUAGCAAUUAAUAUAGCCUAUGUCCACUCAGAGUGAAUGUAGCUUUGUAAUGGUGAAAGAAUUUUUGAAAACGGCAAAGUAAUUUUUGAAUUUAUUCAUUACAAACAUACACACAAAAAUACAAAUCUGUCCUCUUUAUAAUAUUAGUGUAGAUGUAAAAGCGAGUAUGUUUGUAUGUUCCCUCGUAAUUGUUUAGCUCAAAAUGGAAUUUGCUAUACACAUAUUAUUUAAAAUAAAAAAAAAAAAGUAUAUUAUAUGUUACCUUUUAUCUCAAUUCUUACUCGAAUAUAAAACUGACGUAUGAAGAAUCGAAUAAAUAUACCAAUUUGUUGCUAGUUUAAUUAAAAAAAAAAGUUGUCUAUCUUUUUAUUCUAUAGUUCUAUUGAAUCAAACUCACACUGACAUUCACGAUGGUAACCAUUCGACAAAUGCCUCUAUCUACCCCAUUAGAGAUCACAGUUGUGAGUGGAUUUAUUUUUAUUUUUUUAUUUUUCGAACAAUGUUCUGAUUACAAUGAGACAUUUAAUCUUAUAUUAGCUGCGUAAAUUGUAAUACCAUCAUGCACGGGACCUAGUUGUUUAGAGAAUAUUUCUACAGAGAGACAUUUCAAAGUUUUUUUUUUUAUUUCUAUGAUACAACUGUCAUGUAGUGUUUCUAUUGAAAUAGUGAAAUGUGAUAUUGAACCGUGCUCAUGAAUGAGGCCCUCUGUCGAGUCCACAAAUAAUCCGGUAACUUCGAAGUUCAUACGCGAAUAAAGUCAAUAUAAAUAGUUAUAAUAAGGGGAAAAAAAAAAUUAUUUAUUUUGUUUACACUUUACUGCAUCAGUUAUAAAAAAUAAAUAAAUACAGUAAAAUAUUAUUACAUACUAUAACUGAAGAUUUUCACAUCGUGAGAAUUAACAUAUCCCAGUAAUGUUUCCAGUGUUGCCAGCAUUUGAAGACUUGAAAAUUUCCACCACGAAGCAAAUAAAAUAGUUCUAUUGUAAAAAACAUAUUUUCGAAAAAAAAAAAGAAUUGAACCAAAUUGUAUUCAUACAUCGACCUGUCACAGUUUAUUUUGUCAAUUAAUUUGACUUUACACCCAUUUUUUUCACGUCUCAAAUAAUAUUAAUUAUUUAUAUAUGUUUUACAAAAAUAUAGUUCUUGGGGACAGUUAAUGUACCUAUCUACAAGAUUCUUUUUUUGAUGGGUGAAAAUGGUAUGGUAACCCCGCCUGCGCUAACGGGAUACGCUGGCGGAGCACCAGUGAAGGGUGAUAGACGAGAAUGAAAACAGGUCAGUUAGCCUUAGUUCUCAGUCUCACUUCUAACUAACAAUCCCUUUCCCCCCUCGGUUUGAAGGGUGGGAUAUGGCGUGAAUUUACAGGGUACAGAGGAAUAACACCUGAGUCCUCAGGAAUGGCAACGCAUGGGAGGUAUCAUGGGCGAAACAGUAUACUCUGUUAUGUCCACGGUACUGCUUAUGUCUAUAGGCGACGGUUACCACUUUCCAUCAGGUGGGCCGUCAGCUUGUUUGCCAUUCUAAGUUGUAUAAAAAAAAACCGAUUUUAAUUCUCACUUAAUCUCCAAUUGUUAUUUUAUAAAUGUAGUAUAAAAUUGUCAUUAGUAUUCGAUCGAUAUUGGAUUCAAGAGUAGAUCUGUAGGUCAGGGUAAUUCUUUGCUUAUUGGAACAGGAACAACUACUAUUGCCAUAGAUGGCGCUAUAUGUAUGUUUUUUGAACUUUUUUGUUAUAACACUGCGGUGCUAUUGCAUUUUGUAACGCAUCACUAAUGAAUCUCCUACCAGUAAUAUUAUUUAACCCUUAAAUACCUGAAGUUUCAAAUUUGCUACCGGGGUUUGCAUUGUUUCAUUGUUAAAUAAAUUUAAAUGUUUUGAUUACCGUAAUGCCUAAAGUAUCAAAAAUGAUACCAAAUGUUUUUUUCAAAAGAAAUAUAUAAAAAUAUCGUUUUGAUUUUUUUUACUAUUUUUUCCCCAUUGGUAAACACAGUAAAAAGUAACACACACAAAUAUAUAAUAUUUUUUAAUUUGAUUUUAAAAAAUCAGGCUUUUAAGGGUUAAAGAAGUUUCACUUUAAAUUUUGAAACCGGAAUCUAAAAUUAUAAAUAUGAUUUUAUUUAGUUUAUAAAACUGUUUCAAAGUACUAUGCGUAGAUUAUAAGAAGCGGUUUGGUCUAUUUUUUAUUUUUUUUUAUCUGAACUGUAAUUAUGUGUAAUUAAGGUAAAUUAAUAAAAAAAAAAACUUAAUUGUAAUUGUUGGUAAGGAUUACGUUUGUGUAGUCAUAGACAACCAAAAAAUGAUUUUUCGAACGUUUGAUUUAAAAUUAGAAAAAAAUAUUGUACAAAUUUAAAAUUUAAUUUGGAAUGUUUUUUUUUAAAUGGAUGAUAAUGGUAGCCCCUAUCUAAUCUGCGCUAACGGUAUAUCAGUGAGGGAUCGUGAUGAAUUCAUUUGGAAUAGAACACGAUAGUUGCCAGGGGAACCGCGAGGAGGUCGACCUGAUAGGGUGUAUUUCUAACAAUGGGGCUACUAAUCCCAAUUUUAACAAUCCUUUAUCCCCCCAUUAGAAUAUGUUUUAUAUCAGUUUGGUCACUCAAACAUUAUUAUAUACAUGUGUUGUGUAAUGUAAAUUAAGAAGUAAUAUUACGCCUAUUACGAAUUUUGUUUCGAUAAAUUGUAUUGUCUUAUUUCUAUAAGUCUGUACACUCUGUAAUUCUUUACAGACUAUUUGAUCCCCUUCCUACAGGGUUAAUACGAAAUGAUAUAUACUUAGAUUAUAUAGAUAGAGUGUCACCAUACGAAUACUUUGCUAAAAACCAGUUUAAAUUAUUUCUUAAUGUGUGCGUGAAUAGGGUUGCCAAUUCAUUACUCAGUAUAUGGGAAAAAUUACACUAGACGGUUAAAAUGAAAAGUAAAAACGAAUUAAAAUGAUUAAGAAUAUAUGUAUUUGAGAAAACAAAUUAAACAAUGCAUAAAGAUUUGUAAUAAUGAUUAUUGAUUCCUUGAUUUAUAUCCAAGUAUAGACGUAAAAUAUGUUUUAAUUUAAAUACUUUGAUAAUGGCCUCCUAUUUAAUUAAUAAAUGGAUAUUAAUAUAUAAACAUACAUUUGUAUAUAUUGUUUAUAUUAUAAAAAAAAAAGUUUCAAUAUAAAUUUAAGAAAUCGAUCUGAUUUGGGAAAUAUUUAUUUCAAUUACUUGCAACACUGAAAAUGGCGCGUUUUGUUUUGAUUAAAAAAAAAAGUGUGUGUCGAAUUGAGUCAGCUAAAUGCCCAUGUAGCCGACUAAAUGUUGACACGUUUUUGACGCUCCGUACUCUAUCUAUGUAAUCUAACCCCCUUAUUCAUAUAAACGUCAAAUUUCUCAGAAAUUUCUUGUAGUUAUUGAACUGUUUUGUCUUUUUCUCUUGUGCUAAAUUCCUAAUUUGAAUGAAAGUGACAAAGCGGUGUAAUAAAAAAGUUAAUGUAGGUUUGCAGUAUCAUGUUUGUACUAUCAUAUGUAUGAUUAUGUGGAAAAUCGUGGGAGGAAAAUUAGACUAUAUUCAAUUUUUAUAAAUUUUUUUUGCUCCACAGCUCUUUUACAGUACUCGACUCGUAACGCCAUCUUGUUUCAUUCGUUCGUCGACCAAUCAUACUUGUAUCGUGCAUCUCUUUCACUCAUCAUCUUUACUCUCAUUACUAUUCCUUUUACACGCCUUCUAGAAACAUCCAAUCCCACAAUUAUAUGAUAGUUUUAAUGAAACCUAAUCACUUCCUCUAAGGAUUAUAGUUGAGUUGCUACCAAUCUAAAAUUUCUGUCCAUCUUUGUUACUGUCAUAAGUCACGUCUAUGGCUGGAUAGAUGUGAAUCAAAUGCGGUACCCGGAGUGAGAUCUUUAUAUGUUUAUCAUAAAUACAUAAUUAUAUUAUGCGCAUAAUGUUUUUUUUAAAUAAUUUUUGUUCCACUCUUUUCAUUCUUUUUGACAGUAAAUAUAUUUUGUCGUACUAAUAAAAAAAAACCUUGUACAUAUAAGAUUUUUUUUAAAUAACUUCUAGUGGGUAUUGUUUAACCCUUCUUUGCAUACUGGUGGAAAUUUCCAUCAUAACACUGAAUGCCCAAAAAUUAUAUAAAAGACAAGUUCACUUUAAGUUGAUCGUGUCUGGUUACCUUUAUGUCCAUUGCAAAAAAAAAAAGGCCAUAGCGUUCAAAUUUAUUCUUUUAACCAUUUUUUUUAUCUUUGAACAUGAAUUAUAUCACCUUGAUUUAUUUCACCAAUAAAAAAAAAUUAUGGAAAGAAGGGUUAAAGCUUAAGGUCUUUUUAUAUUAAUUAUUUCAGCAUUCUCUAGAGGAAAGUUGUUAAGUUUUAUAAAUGCCAUUACUAGGUUUCGGUUCUUCAACAUUCUUUGUGACUUCACCUUAUAUUAAUGUACUUUUUCUAAGCAAAUAUCAGCCAGGAUUGUUUCUUUUUCUUCGAAAUAUCAGCGCGUAAAAUGAAUACAUAGAAUAAAAAUUUUGUAUAAUCUAUUUCGUAAUUUAUGAACAUUUUUAAUGUUUAUUAUUUUAUUAUAAAAAAUAAAAAGACAUUUUCAAGGUUGUUCACUAAAUAUAGUUCAGAGAAUAAAUAAGUUGCUUACCAUAAUUAAGUUUCUCUAGUCGUGCAUCGUACUUGAUUAUAUAUGUUCUCAUAUACGUGCAUAUAAUAAGUAUAUUUAUAAAAAAAGCGAAUUUUUUUUUUUUAUUUCAUACCCAUGUAAAUAUAGACUUAGGAACGAUCUAGAAUAAAUACACUGUGAUUUAAUAUUUAUUGUAAUGUCGAACUUUUAAUUUUACUACCGCAUAAUUUAAACAUAAGUCGAAUAAAUUAUUGGUUGUAAUAUCUUG